ACCGAGUCACUGUGGCGCGACUUCUAAUGGUAGAAUUACAAGUGGAUAUGUUUUAUACUUUAAGUAACUGCAUUUCCUUUAUUUGAAGCGAUGAAGGUUUCGAUCUCAACAAUAUCCAGAGCAACAGUUUAAAAAAAUGCUUACUGGAGGUAACGUGUCAGAAGCGCGUUAUGAUCCGUUGCACGAGAAUGGUCGGUGCGCACUGCGCAGCACCAGUCCGGAACGGAACCAGUCCGGGACCGAACAACUGGGACGAGAACAACGCCUUCCUGGACGACCAAGGUCGCCUCCAUCUGAAAAUUACCCAGCACAAUGGGCGGUGGUAUUGUGCGGAAGUAGCCACUAUCCAGCGACUGGGCUUCGGCCGCUACCAGUUCCAGAUGGAAGGCCCUAUCGAUCGGCUGGAUCAGAACAUUGUGCUGGGCCUGUUCAACUACCCGCCGCCCGAUGUCGGUCCGAUCGGACCAAUGAGAUCGACAUUGAAUACGCCAAAUGGGGCUUUGUCAACGGGAAACCGGCUAGUUUUACGGUGUAUCCAUCCGUGGCCGGUCGGCCGCAGACGUCUUAUCAGUUUGAUCUGGCGUUGUCGGGAACAUAUACGACACAGUCGUUCGCGUGGCGGAGUAACAAUAUUUUGUUCAGCGGGCAGCACGGGUACCAAAAUAACAACCGGUUGGACGAAUAUGCCAGUUGGACGUUUGCACCGGCCAAUGCGGUGGAUGUACCGCAGAGUCCCAUGCCGGCGAUGAUCAAUCUGUGGUUAUUCAAUGGCUUGGCACCCAGUAACGGACAGGAAGUGGAAAUUGUCAUCCACUCCUUCCAGUUCACUCCCUAUUAGUUUACAGUACAGAUAUCUUGGCAGCGGAAGCACCUUUUAGUGAGCAAUUUGUAUGUACUAUACAAUAUUCGGCAAAUUUUCAGACACGCUUAGACUGUUACUACAAUAAAGGUGGGUCGAUCUUGUGGCAACAAGAACCGUGAUCGCUAAGUGCACUUAUUUGCUGGUUUAACUGGUAAUUAUUGUCAAAUAAAUUGCAAGAUUAUGGCUCCUUGUAAAUUAGUGCGUGUAUCAAUCAGCGCUAAUUACCGAUUAAAA